AUGGCCCGAACUGUGACUGCUUUGACAAUCGCCACCCUAUUGGCACUAUUUGAAAUCGGAUCUUGCCUUAAGUGUUACCAGUGCAAUUCGCAAUCGGAUCCUACAUGUAAAGACCCGUUCUCUGCUAAGGAUAAAUUAGUGGAUUGCGUCAGCCAGGACUCGAUCAAUUAUAACCGUGUCUACUUAAGAGAUAUUCUACCUCGUGAGCUCGCGGACGGUGUUGCAGGAGCGCCACGUUACUGUCACAAACUUGUCAUGCAAAAUGGUGCAACUGUCCGUACUUGCUUGGACGCUAACCCCUCUAACCUGAGUGAAUCGUGCCGAUUACUUGAUAACACCAAGAUGAUGACCACCGACCCCAGUAAGCAGAUCAAAUCCUGCACCGUUUGUGACAAAGAAGGAUGCAAUGGCGCGGGAUCCCUUACCGUAUCAGUACCACUCGCCAUCAUGGCAGUUCUUGCUUCAUAUUUGUACAAACAA